CCGGCCCCGCAUGGAGGGCGCGGGGCGGUGAAAUGACGGACCAGGAGAACAACAACAGCGGCGGCGGCGGCGGCAUCUCCAGGAACCCCUUCGCCGCCCUCUUCGGCUCCGUGGCCGACGCCAAGCAGUUCGCCGCCGCCACCCAGAAGCAGCAGCCGCCGCCCCCCUGUCCUCUUCCAGUGGAAGAAACUUCAGCCAGCCAGGAUGAGUCUGACAACAGUGUGUCUGAAAGUCUGGAUGACUGCGAUUACUCUGUGGCCGAGAUCAGCCGUUCCUUCCGCUCACAGCAGGAGCUCUGUGAGCAGCUCAACAUCAACCACAUGAUCCAGAGAAUUUUCCUGAUCACUCUUGACAACAGUGAUCCCAGUCUGAGGAGUGGCAAUGGGAUUCCCUCGCGCUGCGUCUACCUAGAGGACAUGGCAGAGGACCUGGAGGACCAGGACUGGCUGGACAUGGAGAAUGUGGAACAGGCACUCUUCACCCGACUGCUGCUCCCAGAGCCAGGGAAUCACUUGAUUUCCAUGACUACCACCACUGCGCAGAAUCUCUCAGCUGAAAGAGAUGCAGGGGAGAAGCGCAUUCUGCACUACCUUUUUGCCUGCUUCCAAAGAGCAAAAGAGGAGAUCACCAAAGUGCCAGAGAACCUUUUGCCCUUCGCAGUGCGCUGUCGGAAUCUGACUGUGUCCAACACCCGCACGGUCCUCCUCACACCAGAGAUUUACAUCAACCAGAACGUCUAUGAGCAGCUGGUGGACUUGAUGCUGGAGGCCUUGAGAGGGGCUCACUUUGAAGAAGUAACUGAGUUCCUGGAAGAAGUCAUAGAAGUCAUUACCUUGGAUGAGGAAGUGCGGGCAUUUGGGGAGGUCAUGGUGCCUGUCUUUGAGAUCCUUUCGGGGCGGAUCAGAGAACUGCACCUUUGCCAGAUCCUGCUGUAUUCCUACCUGGACAUGCUCCUUUACUUCACCAGACAGAAAGAUAUAGCCCAGGUCUUUGUGGAAUACAUCCAGCCAAAGGACCUGACCAAUGGGCAGCUGUACCAGAAGACUUUGCUGGGAACCAUCUUGAACAUUUCAUGCUUGCUGAAGACUCCGGGUGUUGUUGAGAACCAUGGCUACUUCCUGUCCCCGUCUCGGUCCAGCCCUCAGGAGAUCAAAGUGCAGGAAUCCAACAUUCAUCAGUUCAUGUCUCAGUUCCAUGAGAAGAUCUACCAGAUGCUGAAGAAUCUGCUGCAGCUGUCUCCACAGACCAAGCACCGGAUCCUGUCCUGGCUUGGGAACUGCCUCCAUGCCAAUGCAGGCCGCACCAAAAUUUGGGCCAACCAGAUGCCAGAGAUUUUCUUCCAGAUGUAUGCUUCAGAUGCCUUUUUCCUGAACUUGGGGGCUGCACUCCUUAGGCUGUGCCAGCCCUUCUGUAAGCCCAGGUCUCCCCGCCUCCUCACGUUUGAUCCCACCUACUGUGCUCUGAAGGAGCUGAACGAGGAAGAGCAGAGGAGCAAGAAUGUGCACAUGAAAGGUCUGGAAAAGGAGACCUGCUUGAUCCCAGCUGUGAUGGACCAGGAUCCCGAGUUUGCCCCCAGCUACAACCUGGUGACAGAGAACUUGGUGCUGACGCAGUACACGCUCCACCUGGGCUUUCACAGGUUGCACGACCAGCUCAUCAAAAUCAACCAAAGCCUCCACCGGCUGCAGUUGGCCUGGCGAGAGGCUCAGCAAAGCUCCAGCCCCACGGCGGAGAGCCUUCGAGAGCAGUUUGAGCGCCUCAUGACCAUCUAUCUGUCCACCAAGACCGCUAUGACUGAGCCACAGGUGCUGCAGAACUGCCUCAACCUGCAGGUGUCCAUGGCUGUUCUCCUGGUCCAGCUGGCUGUUGGAAACCAAGGCACGGAGCUGGUGGAGCUGACCCUCCCUCUGCCAGAAGUGAAGGAGAGUGCCCUGGCCUAUGUCCCAGAGUUCUUGGCUGAUAACUUGGGUGACUUCUUCAUUUUUCUGCGCCGUUUUGCUGAUGACCUCCUGGAGACAUCAGGCGACUCCUUGGAGAACGUCCUGGACUUUGUGACAGUUUUUACUGGGGAUGUGGGCAGGAUGAAAAACCCACAUCUGCGUGCCAAGCUAGCGGAGGUGCUGGAGGCUGUCAUGCCCCACUUAGAUCCCGUGCAGAAUUCGCUCGUCUCCAGCGUCUUCCAUCGUAAGAGAAUCUUCUGCUCCUACCGGCAUUCUGCCCAUCUGGCUGAGGCACUCAUCAAGGUCUUUGUGGACAUCGAGUUCACCGGAGAUCCUCAUCAAUUUGAACAGAAGUUCAACUACCGCAGACCCAUGUAUCCCAUCCUCCGUUAUAUGUGGGGCACAGAUUCUUACCGGGAGAGCAUCAAGGCACUGGCAGACCAUGCCCUGGAGAACCUGGAAGCGAUGACCCCCCCUCCUCUCUUUCUGCGCUUCAUUAACCUGCUCAUGAAUGAUGCCAUUUUCCUGCUGGAUGAAGCAAUACAGUACCUGAGCAAGAUCAAGAUCCAGCAGAUUGAGAAGGACAGAGGUGACUGGGACAGCCUGACCCCAGAGGCACGGCGCGAGAAGGAAGCUGGUCUGCAAAUGUUUGGGCAGCUGGCUCGCUUCCACAACAUCAUGUCCAAUGAGACCAUUGGGACCCUGGCUUUCCUGACCUCAGAGAUAAAGUCCCUCUUCGUGCACCCCUUCCUCGCAGAGCGCAUGAUCUCCAUGCUCAAUGACUUCUUGCAGCACCUUGUAGGCCCAAAAAUGGGAGCCUUAAAGGUCAAGGACUUCAGCGAGUUUGAUUUCAAGCCCCAGCAACUGGUCUCUGACAUCUGCACCAUUUACUUGAAUCUUGGGGACGAGGAGAACUUUUGUGCCACAGUGCCCAAAGACGGGUGGUCGUAUUCCCCAACGCUCUUUGCUCAGACUGUCCGAGUCCUGAAGAAGAUUAACAAGCCUGGUGACAUGGUUGUGGCAUUUAGCAACCUGGCAGAAAGGAUCAAGUCCCUUGCAGACCGCCAGCAGCUCGAGGAGGAGACCUACUCUGACGCAUGCGACGAGUUCCUGGAUCCCAUCAUGAGCACGCUAAUGACGGACCCCGUGCUGCUGCCCUCUUCCCGGGUCACAGUGGAUCGGUCGACCAUCGCCAGGCACCUCCUGAGUGACCAGACUGACCCUUUCAAUCGGAGCCCCCUUACCAUGGACCAGGUCAGACCAAACACAGAACUGAAGGAACGGAUCCAGCUGUGGCUUGCCGAGAGGAAGUCAGCAAAAGAGCAGAUGGGGGACAUUCUGUGACCUGGCUUAGCCAAAGCUGCUGUGACCUCCAAAGUCUUUCCUGCAGGUGACUGGACACUUGAGCCCACCCACCCACAGUUACGGGACUCCUUGGCCACAGAGUUCUCUGGGUGGGCUCUGCCCCCUAUCCUUUGGUAGAAAUCUCCAGUUGCUCAUUGGCUGACUUGCCUGCUGUCAUGUCUCAGUGGCAGUUGUUGUCACCAACACCCCACUUCUGUUGCAGCUGCAGCUCUCAGGCCAGAAACUUCUCUUGAAGCUCUGGUGUCACUGUGAAGGCAGAAAAGCUCUCUUCUAUCACCCCCCCCCCCAUUUUGGACAGGUCUUUGUUAUGCAAGCCUGUCCUCACUGAGCCCAUGAAGGAGAUGCUGCCCUGACCAAGGCUCCCGCCCUUCCUGGUAAUGCAGCAUCCGCCACCCGGGGGGUUAAGAUAGAGGGACUGGGAAGACUGAGUUCAGGGCAGCUUCCAGAGGUUGUGCUGCACAUGAUGCGUUGGCCAGCCGGCACUGCCUUGGCUUGGAAGGCCUGCUGAGGAGGAAGCACUGCGUACAUGUUCCUACAGGUGCCCUAUGACUCCUGCCUGCAUUUGUACUGUGCCUGGUUUAUGUCAAUAUGUAUUCAGUGUGUAUAUAGCGUGAGAAUUAUCUUCAAACAAUAAAAGUGGCAGGUUCA